AUGACCGGCGUCCCCGAGCAGCAGCAGCAGCACAAGCCGGCGAGCAGCGUCAGCAGCGGCGCCUCGAACUACUCGUACCAGACGGUCGAUUCGAUGUACUCGCCCGUCUACGAGGAGGCGAACGGGCCGGCGCACAAGGCCUAUCGCGGCGUACAGACGUGGGAACAGGCCGAAAAGCUCGUCAUGAAGAUGGGCGACUUCAUCCUGUACCACAGGUACCCCCUGAUCCCGGACAUUGUCAACCUGAGCAAGCUGUCGGCCAGCCUGAAGAUGUACGUCUGCUACCGCUCGUCCAAGGGAAGCUACCGCCACUACCGCAUCCACUCGACGCGCAGCUACACGGAGCCGUUCUUCUUCGUCGAGUGCGGCGACCCGAAGCCCAAGUUUUUCCGCAACCUCGACGCCCUCGUCCAGUACCACCAGAGAUACGGCAACAUCUUCCAGUCCGAUGACGAGCCCCCGUGCGCCGACCUGUUCCCGUGGUGGAAGUCGGCGACUGUUCGGCAA